AUGCCUCCAAAGGCAGGCCAAAAAAAGAGCGCAAAAUCCGAGGAAGAUCCGAAAAAGAAAGAUACCUUGAAAAAUGCAAAAAAAGGUGCCGACGAAUCGAAUGCAGCUGGUCUCGGUAAUACUGAUCUUGGUUCAAUAUCAAAUGAAAAUGUUACAUCGUCAAAAACAGGUGCGGGUAAUUUAACUCGUGGAGCAUCUCACUCAGGUACACCAUUAGAUGAUCAUUCAAAUAAAGAACCAGGUGUAUCAACAUCUGAACUCAGUCAACACACAGAUGGAAAUCGAGAAAGUGGCGAAACAGGACUUAACACUGGAGGUAGUAUAAAUGGUGCAGCUCUAUCAGAAGCUGAUGUUAAAUAUGAAGAACCUAUUCUACCGAAUCUUAUUGUACUCGGUUAUGAAGGUGGUAAAGAAAAAGGUUUAUUUGAAGGAUAUGGUAAAGCGACAUAUGUUGGCGGUCAUAGCUACACCGGUGAUUGGAGUGGUGGUAUGAUGAAUGGUCAAGGACGAUAUGAAUGGGCUGAUGGUGUUGUUUACUCAGGUACAAUUGUGAAUAAUCAAAUAGAUGGUGUUGGAACGUAUCAGUGGCCAGAUGGAAGUGUAUAUCAAGGUGAUGUAUAUCGAGGUCGUCGACAUGGUACAGGAAUCUUUCGACAUGGCAAAAGUCUACUUACCUAUGAAGGCGAGUGGCGUAUGGGUCAUAUCCAUGGAAAAGGUACAUUACAAUUUGGCCGUGAAGGACAAAACUAUUACACAGGUGAUUUUAUAAUGAAUAUUCCAUUCGGAAAAGGUCGCCGACAAUAUGCAUCAGGAAAUCUAUAUGAAGGAAUGUGGGUGAAUGGAAAACGACAUGGAUAUGGAGUAUUUUCAUGGAGUAAUGGUAAUGGAGAAUAUUUAGGACAAUGGGAAAAUGGUGUGCAGAAUGGACAUGGUGUUCAUAUUUGGUAUAUUAUUCGAGCUGAAGAAUCUCAAUAUGCAUUGAGAAAUUAUUAUGAAGGAAAUUUUCUCGAUGGACGACGAAAUGGAUAUGGAACAUUUUAUUAUUCAAGUGGAACUAAAUAUAUAGGCGAAUGGAAAGCAGAUCAGAAACAUGGAAAAGGUAAAGUCAUAUUAAGAAAUGGUACCAUGAUUGAAGCUGAUUUUCAAAAUGAUCGUAUAAUAACUCCGUUAACAAAUGAUAUGACUUCCAUGUUAACAAUUGAAUUACCUGAAAUCGUAUCGAAAACACCAAUACCAUCUGCAUCGAAUACGCUUGAUCCAAUGAAUUUAAGACGAAGUGAAAGUCGAAAUACAAUAAGCCCUAAUUUUAAAUUACAAUUCAAUGGUGCCUUUCAUCAUAUGUCAACCAACGAAGAUGAUAGAAUGAAAAUUUCAGAUCAGAUGUUUCAUGUUUUAUUUCGUCAUCUUCCACAAUUAAAACAAAUCUAUCGUAUUUAUGCUCGAUUAGGUGUUGAUUUACAAACAAAUAUAGAUAAUACAUUUUUGAUGACUCGUAUCCAAUUUUGGCGCUUUGUUCUUGAUUGUAAUUUACAUAGUUAUGGUGUUACAACAACGGAAUAUGAUCGAUUGAUUGCGGAAUGUUUGCCAACAGAAAAUAUGCAUGGACCCGAUGAAUCAAUUUUAGUACGCGAAUUCUUAAAUGCUAUUGCUAUCAUUUGUUUUCAUUUACAUCGAUUGAAAAAAGUACAAAGUGAAACUGCAUCAUCCGAAAAACAACCCAUUAGCUUACAAAUUGCUACUUCGAUGGAGACAAUUAUUGAAAAAAAUAUUUUACAGCUAGCAGGAAAUAUUCGAGGUAAUCUAUUUGCUGAACCACUCAAGUUUAUACAAGCUGCACGAUAUAAAGAGCAAUGCUACAAGAUUUAUUUAGUAUUUUCUACCAGAAACAAAAAAGAACCACACGAUAUGAUAAUGCAAAAACGUGAUUUUCUAUUAAUGCUCAAACGUCUUCAAUUAAUUGAUCCUGUACAUUUAACAGCAUCACGUAUUAUAGCAAUGUUAGCUGAAGAUGAUCCAAAUAUUCGACCAUUAGGUUCAACGACUCCUACCGAUAUUCGUUUAGAUAUCGAUAUGUGUUUUCUUGAAUUUUUCGAAGCAUUAAUUGCUUGUGCACUUGUACAUCCAGGUAGUAAAUAUUAUAAUACUUAUGUUAAACCACCAAAAACAGCUACAUCUGAACGUAGUCUUGGUUCUCAGCCAUCUAUUGGCUCGCCAAGUGCUCAUGAUCGACAACAAGAAAGUCGAGUAUCAGAAUAUCCAGCUAUUGUUGUUCGCGAAGUAUCUGAAUUAACACAAGAAACUCCAGAUGAUAUCGAUAAGCCUCGCUCAUCAGCAAGUCGAGAACGUGAAACAAAUACGAACGCAGGCGACGCAUCUUCAUCGUCUUCCUUUGUAGCAAAACUUGAUGAUUUUUUUAAUGGAAUAUUUUUACCAGCUACGAACACAUUUGAAAAUAUUCGAGAACAAAUUCGGGUUGAUCAGGAAAAAACGUGGCAAGGAAUGAAACACGACGAUCACAAUAGUGAUGCAACAUGGCCUAAACAAUAUGUUGUACUUACUGAAUGA